AUGAAGGUCAAAUUGAGCAUCCACUUUGGCGGAAGCUGCGCCAGCGUGGACCCGCGCAUGGUGGGCUGGACCCUCCACGCGGACUGCUGCGCGGUGGACCCGCACCUCGGCGACGACGCGCACGCGCCCGGCCCGCCCGGCGCUGACGGUUCCGGCUUCCAGAGCCGCGCGGAGCUCCUGAGGGUCGCGCGGGAGCGCGACGCGGAGCUCCGCGACCUGCGGCAGGAGCUGAGCAUGCUGCAGCGCCAGGGCGCGACGCCACGCCGCGAGGCGGAGCCCGCGUCGCAGUGCGGCAGCGCGCGGCGGCUGCCGUGGGAGCUCAUCGGCGCCGAGCGCACCACCGCCGCGGGGGCCCCGGCCGACGUGGCCGCCGCGGUGUGCGCCGCGAAGCUGCAGAGGGGCGUGCACCCGCUG